GCCAUCUUAGCGUGGGUCAAAUUCCUGGAGCUAGCACCAGCAGGCAGAUCGCUUUCGCGCUCUCAGCUCUCGGUCUCGAGUGAAAAGUCAGGUGCAAUCUCUCGAGAAGCAGUGAUCGUCUGGAGGUAGCAGAGCGUUUUUGGACGAGAUGGCAAGCAAGUCACGAAAGGCAAGCACACCGGCCGUGGCGACGCCGGCGGCGUCGUCGAGCCGUUCGGCGGCGGCCAGUCCGCUUAGUCCGACCCGGUACAACCGGCUGCAGGAGAAGGUGGAGCUGCAGAACCUGAACGACCGUCUGGCCGUUUACAUCGACCGUGUCCGGCAACUAGAGUCGGACAACUCGCGUUUGACCAGGGAGAUCCAGUCGUUCCAGGAGGUGUCCACACGCGAGGUGACCGGCGUCAAGAGGGCUUACGAAAAUGAGAUCACGGAGGCGCGCAAAUUGCUGGACGAAACGUCCAGGGAGAAAGCCAAGAUGGAAAUUGAUUUCAAGAGGGUCUGGGAAGAACUCAAUGAACUCAAGACUAAGUACGAUAAGAAGUGCAAAGAUUUUGAUGUGACUGAGAAGAAUGCCAACCAGUUUGAAAAGAACUACAACGAGCUGACCGGAAAAUUCAACCAAGCUCAGGCUGAGCGCAAGAAGGCUUUGGAUGAUUUGAAGGAGCUAACCAAAGAAAAUGAAAAGCUCAAGAAGCAAACUGACAGUCUGCGCAAGUCUCUUGAUGAUGAAAUGCUUGGAAGGGUUGAAGCAGAAAACCAGCUCCAAUCCACAAAAGAAGCUUUGUCUCUCAGUGACCAGGUACAUCAACAAGAAGUUAAGGAGCUGAGGACUCGACGACAAGUGGAAAUCACUGAGACAAGAUCGAAAAUUGAAAAGGAGUAUAAUGCCCAGAUGCAAAACUCAUUGCAAGAGCUGCGUGAUCAAUAUGAAGCUCAGAUGAGGGCAAAUAGAGAGGACGUGGAUGCGUUAUAUGAGAAAAAGAUUGCAGACUUGAAAAACCAAAUGCAGAGAAGCAGUGGAGAAUCAGCACAGGCCCUGGAAGAGGCUCGCUCUUAUAAAAUGCAACUGGACACAGUAGCAGGAAAAAUUUCCAGCCUUGAAGCUAGUAACGCUGCUCACCAGGCACGCAUUUCCGAGUUGGAGCACAUGCUCAAUGCUGAGAGAGAAAGAAGUGUCAACGAAAGAUUUGCGUUGGAAGAAGAGAUCCGCCGCCUCAGAGAUGAAGCUUCUACGAUGCUUGCUGAAUACCAAGACUUGAUGGACAUCAAGGUGGCUCUUGACCUGGAAAUUGCCGCCUACACCAAACUCAUGGAAUGCGAAGAAGCCAGAUUGAACAUAACACCUGUCGCGUCCCCCAAUCUGAGUCGUCAACAAGCUCGUUUCACACCAAGCAGAGCUACUCCGGUGCGUCUUGGCAAGAGAAAGAGGACCAUGAUGGAGUCGGAGGACAUCGAUGAGUAUGACACCAAAGCGUCAGCCACAGGAGACGUGGAGUUCAUUGAAGCCUGUCCCCAGGGCAGGUUUGUCAAGUUGAGGAACAAAGGAGACAAGGAGGUUUCCCUGAGCGGGUGCAGCGUGACUAGAACGGCAGCUGAUCAAGAAACCAUCUUCAAGUUCCAUAGGUCAGUUAAAGUGGACCCUGGAGCGACUGUCACCGUUUGGUCCUCAGACCAAGGCCAGGCCCAUGAACCACCCUCCAACAUCGUUAUGAAGAGCCAGAAGUGGUUCCACGCGCCUGAGAUGGCCACUGUAUUGUACGGCAACGAUGGAGCUGAGAUGGCCAGAAUCGAGCAGGCCAAAUUGAGAGUGGCCACAGCAUCAACGCGUCACACCGAGGUCUUUGUUGAGAACGGUCAUGGAAGAGAAGAACGCUGCAGCAUCAUGUAGAGGCUUGGUGGCACUUUGGAGCUACGAUAAGUGUCAUCAUAUUUAUUUCAAGCAACAUUUACAUUGCAUAAUGAACUAUCAAUUACGAGUUACUGCCACUUUUCAAAUGUAAAUCCAAGUGACGCAAAACCAGCCGAGAGAGGAAAAGCAGCAGUGUUUUUUCAAAACAACUGGGAGUAAAAUUCGUCCUGUUGGGUGCUCUGUAGAAGUAUUAAACACUCAAAUGUUUCGUAAAGUGCCACGGUACUUCUACCCUAGUUUAAGUUUGCAUUUUGCAUCACAAGCAAAGUAUGUGGCCAGCAUAAAUGUGAAUGAUUUUUUAUGAUUUCUAAGAGAGUGAGUGCCGGCAGAUAUGAAUUUUAUGCGCAGUCUACAAGCUCGUUGCCCACUGAUGCAAAUCGUAUUUUCAAAGUUUCAAAUUGCGUAGAUGCGACGUUUUUCUCUUAUCAGACAAAGCAUUUUCUAUUCUAAUCAUUUUUGAGGUUUGUUUGAUAUUUUUCAUAUUCAAGUCCCAACUUAUGUUGUUAGUACAAUGUUGGUAGAGCAAGUGUCAGGCAUUUUUGAUUAUGGAAUGCUUUUAAAAGUUAAAUUUGGAAAAGUUUUUAAACAGAGUUUGUUGCCUGUCUUCAAGCAGGAUGAUCCUAAGGAUCAGAAGUAUAAAUUUGAGAUAAAUCCAAUCCACCUGCUAUUUUUAAUACUAUUACUGUAACAUUGGACCUGUUGGGAAUCAAACUAACACAGUUUCUUUCCAUGCUAGUUGGUUGAAGAGUGCUGUUGGUGGAGAUCAAUGAACUAAACUCUAGCUUUAAUGGAAGGCAUUACACUCGAAAAGACGGUUCGGAUGAUAAGAAGUUUUGUAUCUCCGAUGAACACCUGUAAUGAAAGAAAGUCUCUGCAUGUUUCAAUCGCGCCUAGAAUAUUUUGAUAGAAUAAUAAUUAUGUUGAAAUGCUAUUUGAAUUGAUAACUGAACUGUAUGAACACAAUAUCGGCAAUAAAUUUAUUUCAUUUAAUA